UACAGCUAGCCGGCUGGUAGCUUUGGCAAUGUUGUUAUUAUCAGAAUGAUAUCGCAGCGGGACAGCGGAGAACUUGCUCGGUUUUAUACUGUCACAGACCCCAAGAAGCACCAGAAAGGCUAUACUGUGUACAAAGUCACCGCAAGGAUAAUCUCCAGGAAGAACCCAGAGGAUGUCCAAGAGAUAACAGUGUGGAAAAGAUACAGUGAUUUCCGGAAACUUCAUCAAAACCUCUGGCAGCUGCACAGGAAUGUAUGUAGCCAGUCAGAGCUGUUUCCUCCCUUUGCCAAGGCCAAAGUCUUUGGUCGUUUUGAUGACUCAGUGAUUGAGGAAAGGCGACAGUGCUCCGAGGAUCUCCUACAGUUCUCUGCUAAUAUCCCUGCUCUCUACAGUAGUCAGCACAUCCAAGAUUUCUUCAAGGGAGGCGAGGUCCACGACAGCUCAGAGCUCAUUGGACCUGCCGAGCCCUUUUCUGACUUCCUGGCAGACAGCUUGUCAGACUGCAGUUCUGAUGUUCAAAGAGACAUCAGCGGUGCAGAUGAUUUGACCAUCACAUCAGAGUAUGGAGGCCCGUCCAGUGACAGCGAUCUGACCUCCCUGGCUGUGGACACAGACUCUUUGGCAGAGCUGGAUGAUGGCAUGGCCUCAGGCCGCACCUCCCCAAACCAGCCACAGGGGGGAGCCACCAACAUUAGCAGCAGCUACAGCCCUCGCUUGCCCUCCCUGCAUGAACGCCGCACCCCAUCCCCUGCCACAGCUUCUGCCUCCUCAGCCCCUAACCCAGAGGUCAGCUGGCCUGGCCGGACGCCACUCUUCUCUGGCAGUCUGAGGAAAGCCAAGGAACUGAAAUCAGAUUACCUAGACAAAGCCAGCGAGCUCAUCAGUUUGGCUGUAGAGAAGGAGAAAGUACAAGACUACCAGGCAGCUUUUUCCUGCUACCGUAGUGGAGUGGACCUGCUGCUGCAAGGAGUGCAAGGUGAACCCAGUUCCACGCGGCGAGAGGCAGUGAAGAAGAAGACUGCAGAGUACCUGAUGCGUGCAGAGCAGAUAUCCAGUCAGCAUCUGAGAAGCGACAUGGGUCAAGGGUCAACACAAAGAGUGGCAAUGGGGGCACAGUGCUGCCCCUCCACCAGCAGAGGAGGGCAGCAGAGUCCAUCUGAGGAGCUGAGAACUUUCAGGGUGUUGGGAGUCAUAGAUAAGGUUCUUUUGGUCAUGGACAAGAGAACACAAGAGACGUUCAUCCUGAAAGGUCUGAGGAAGAGCAGUGACUGUGGGAGGACUAAGAGGACCAUCAUGCCUCACUCUGUGCCCCACAUGGUGCAGCUGAAGAAGUUCAUUGUCUCUGAAGACACUGUGUUCGUUUUGCUGCAGUACGCUGAAGGUGGAAAGUUGUGGUCUCACAUUGGAAAGUACCUGCGCACUUCCAGCCCAGAGGAGAGCUUUGAUAUUCCUUUCAUCCAAAAGAGCCACACAACAGCUGUACACUCUCCACAACACACUGUACCACAGCGCGGUACAGAUUCAGCCAGUUCUGGCUCAGGGCCUGCUACUGGUUCUGAUCCUGUCUCAGGGCUGCAGAAUGAAGGGAAGGACCUCAUCACGUCCUCUCAUAAAAGCAUUCUCCCUACCAGGAUUAUGAAACAAAUUGGAGCCCAAUCAGACUCUGGAGCCACCUCUGAGGAAGAGUGCACCAACAGUUAUUUAACACUGUGCAAUGAGUAUGAACAAGAAAAAGUAGAACCAGAUACACUAGAAGGAGAGGAAGAGAAGAGCGAACAGGAAAUGUUGUCACUGGAAGUUCCCAUUACUUCCUCACGUAGCCGCUCACUACUUAGCAACGACAGCCUCUCUUCACCUAUCAGCUCUCAGGAACUUGGCUUUUUCACCGAAUCUUCAGACAAAAGUGGCCCCAACCAUGAAAAUGAGCAAUACUUUGGCACAGGACAGGACCAAAGCGAAGUCUUUAGUCCUUUGCCCUCGCCUGCUGUGCCUCUGUCUUUGGAUCAGUCCAAACACACACCAAUGGAGUUUUUUCGUAUAGACAGCAAAGACAGUGCAAGCGAGGUGACCUGCCUUGACUUGGGAACCUCACAUAAACAGGUCCCCCUCUUUUCUACUUCUGACCUGAGCUCAGAUGUCACUGAGGAUCUUCCAGAGCUGGCUCAGGAGGUCAAGGGCCACAGUUCAGAGCUUUGGGGGUUAGACUGUAGUGAUAAAGGUUCCAAUGAAUCAGUGCCAGUCAUUUCAUUCAAAGAGGCAGUAGUCGAGGAUGAGGGUCACCCCCCAGACCUUUUGGUCAACCUGCCUGCAAUGAGCGGGACUGUAGACUAUUUACAGGAGGAAUUAGAGACUUCAGGGGUGAGUGUGGGUCUCGAGGCCACCGCCUCUCCUCAAAAGUUCAUCCAGCCCGAUGUUCUGCAGCUUCACAGCCAGCCGGAGGAUGAAGAGCAGCAGCCAUUAGAGCAGGAGCAUUCGUCUUUGUGUACAGCCUCUGAUACUUGUGAUACCAGUGCUGCAUCUUCCUCUUGUUUGACUUCACUGUGGGGCGACUACAGCUUGGCUUAUGGACAAAAGGCCUCAGAGAAGAUGGGGGUUGAUCCUUUAUGCCAAAAUAAUGACCUCUUGCUUGAUGCAUGCAUUCCAGUUACUGACUCUGUUAGUGAGAAACUAAAAGCCAGCACAGGUGUAAACACAACCACAGACGUGGUUCCGAACCCCCGUGGGAACAGUGAAGGCUCAAUCCCAGCCACAAACUGCACUGACACGUGUGCGGUGGUUCAGAGCUUAUUAGAUCUUGAUGGUGAAUCAUCAAGAAUUAUUAGUAACACAGGUGGCAGCGCAUUUGAUAAAGAAGUAUCGCGGCUGUUUGCAGAGCUGGACGAGCUGUCGUUGGCUGCAUCCCAAGCUCGUAUCCCGGAGCCGUUUGUACGAUGCUGGGCCGUAGAGAUGUUGACAGCCCUGGAUUCUCUGCACCAAGAGGGCAUCAUCUGUCGAGACCUCAACCCCAACAACAUCCUGCUCGACCACCAAGGUCAUGUUCAGCUUACUUAUUUCUGUAGCUGGAGUGAUGUGGAAGAAUCAUUUGACAAAGAGGCCUUUGCCAACAUGUACUGUGCACCAGAGGUUGGAGGCAUCAGUGAGGAGACCGCUGCGUGUGAUUGGUGGAGUUUGGGCGCCAUCCUGUUUGAGCUUCUGACAGGCAUGUCUCUGCUCCAUUGCCAUCCAGCGGGAAUCGGUCGCCACACGGCUCUCAACAUCCCUGAGUCUGUUUCAGAGGAGGCCAGAUCACUGCUGGAGCAGUUGCUCCAGUACAACCCAAUGGAGAGACUGGGAGCAGGAGUAGCAGGUGCAGAUGAUAUCAAAUCCCACCCCUUCUUUGCCAGAGUGGACUGGCCCAAGUAGAUGCUGCGCUGCGCGGGACUGUGGAAACCAGAGCAACACGUUGGGGAAACUGGCUGUGAACUCCUGUCAGACAGAACACAAACAGAUCUAAAGUAAAUCCACUUCUGUGCUCAGAUUUAUGUAUAUCUGCACAGAUCUCCCAUUUUGUGUGUGGUCAUUGGAUUUUUUUUUUUUUUUAAUUAAGUGUGCCAACCAGCAGUAUUACUUUCCUUGUAAAUUGCUUCUUUCUUUAUCUUAUAGAAGACUUGGCUUGUCAAUUUCGUGGUGCAGGGAACACGUAUCAUGUGUGGUGCAAUAAUUUAUACAGUAAAUGCUUGUAUGAGUGAUGAUCCACUAGAACAUUGCGUUUUUUGACUUUUACACUCCUCAAACAGUAGCUUUAAGCCAAAAUGACACGACUGAAAUUAAUAGGUGAAAUUUUUCUGUGUUUUCUCCGCAUUUAUGAAAUAAUGUAUUUCACCCAUUCAUACUGAUACAGGCUUAAAUCACCUUUGCUUUAGACCCAUGUGCAAUACGCUCAUUUUGUUGCCAUCUAAAACACUAUCAUUGCUCACACAGGUUGGCUGAUGACUCUGCCAACAGCGCCCAUUGAGAUUAAUGGAAGUGAGACGGGUUGAGCUUUUUAUUUGUUGCUAGGGUUGUGCUGCUCCGAUCUGGACAAUUUCUCAUUUGUAACAUCAUUAUUAAUUACAGCAAGAGAUGGACACUAUGCAAGGUGAACGAACAAAAUAUUAUGAGGCAGUAGAUGAGUAUUGUUGUGGAGUGAAGUAUUUAAUUAUAUUAAGAUUAUGGCUGGGAAAAGAGCCAGUUUAAUAUACAGCAUAGGCAUUCUCCCUGGGCUCAAAAUACAUCUUUGAAACUAGCCCUUUUUAUGAAUUGUAGUUAUUUUAUAUUAUGAAUAUCAGAGGAAACUCUGCACUAAACAACACUGCAUUUUGUGCUUGCAAGAAUAUGAUUUAUGUAAUACAUUUAAUACAAUGGAGAAAAUAAAUAAAUAAAUAGCGUCUUGUCUUGUAAAUACCCCUUUUAAAGGGCAUUGUGCUGAGUGAAUGCACAGGUGUCAAAGCUUCGAUUACGUCUCUGUCAGGCACUUACUGCCUCAUCAAUCAAAUCCUUUUUAUUUGAUUGUGUAGGUUUUAUAUUUGAGCAACACAUCUGCUAACUUGCCACACAGAUCUUAAAUGCUGAUUUUAUAAUAUCUAUACUGACUAAAAUGUAUGGUAACAGUUUCAUGGUUACAUUACAUGCCAUUUAUCACUUCUACUUAUAUAUCAAACGCAGCUUAAUACAUUUCUCUAACAGUACACAGAUAAUCACUCCACUGCACUGCGCUAUAAUACAUGUUGACUGACAGAUACCUUAAAUUACAAGGUCCAUAUUCCAUCUAUUAACCCUUUUUAUCAGACACAAAUCAAAGUGAGAUUUUCUUUCCUGUUUCUAUUAAAAGUUCACUCUUCUCUGUAUGUCAGUGCAGUCUGGAAAAC